AUGAAGACGGUGCAGAGCCUAACUGGAAGCAUAGCUGCCUUAAGUCGAUUCAUUUCCAGGUCUUCGGAGAAGUGUCAUAAGUUCUUCCCAUUGUUGAAAAAGAAGAAGGACUUUGAUUGGACUCUGGAUUGUCAACAUGCAUUGAGGGAUUUGAAGAAGUAUCUUUCUAGUCCAUUGUUACUGCACAAGCUGAAAGCGGACGGAAAAUUAUUUUUAUACUUGGCAAUAUCGGAUGUAGUGGUUAGUGUUGUAGAAUGCGAAGUGAGGCAAGUGACCGAGGAGCAAAAUAGUGAGGCAGAUGCCUUGGCAAAUUUGGGAUCAUCCGUGGAUAUUGAAGGAAUUAGUUCUGGAAAAGUGGUACAACCCCUAAAUUCGUCUAUAGAUAAUAGUCACGGAGAAGUAAAUUCCACAAGUUUUACUUGGGACUGGCGAAACAAGUAUAUCAAUUACCUGAAGGAUGGAAAGCUUCCAACUGACCCAAAAGAGUCAAGAGCACUUCGUACGAAGGUGGCCAAAUAUUGCAUAGCUGAUGGUCAACUAUACUGGAGAUCGUUUUAUGGUCCGUUGCCAAGAUGUUUGGGUCCUGGAGAAACGGAUGAUGUGAUGUGCGAAGUACAUGAAGGGCAUUGUGGAAAUCACUCCGGAGCAGAGUUAUUGGUUCGAAAAAUAAUUAGAGCCGGAUAUUUCUGGUCGACCAUGGAGAAAGAUGCAAAAAGUUUAGUACAAAAAUGUGAUGAAUGUCAAAGGCAUGCUCACAUGAUUCAUCAGCUGGCAGAAUUAUUGCAUCCGAUUGUUUCACCUUGGCCUUUCAUGAAAUGGGGGAUGGACAUUGUGGGGCCAUUACCAGUAGUGCCCAGACAAGUAAAGUUCAUUUUAAUUAUGACUGACUGUUUCUCUAAGUGGAUUGAAGCAGGGACUUUAAAGAAAAUUAGAGAGAGAGAAGUCAUUGAUUUCAUUUGGGAUCAUAUCAUUUGUCGAUUUGUAAUACCAAAGGAGAUCACUUGCGAUAAUGGGCCACAGUUCGCUAGUAGAAAAAUCACGGAGUUCUUUGAUGGCAAGCGGAGAGAGAGCUUACCGGAGGUAUUAUGCGCAUACAAGACCACGACAAAGAUCAACACUGGAGAAACUUCGUUUUCUCUGGUUUAUGGCACGGAAGCGUUAAGUCUGGUUGAAGUGGGAGAACCAAGUUUGAGGUUCAGUCAUGCCAAUGAUGAAUCAAAUAAUGAAGCUAUGGCAGUAAAAUUGGAUUUAAUGGAGGAACAUCAUGAGAUGGCAUUCUUACAAGUGGUGGCUCAAAAACAAAGAAUGGAAAAAUGUUACAAUCGAAGGACAAAUCUCAGGCAUUUUCAAGUGGGGAAUUUGGUCCUCCGAAAAGUGACUUGUAAUAUCAAAAAUCCUAAUGAAGGGAAAUUGGGUCCAAAUUAG